GUUUGUAGCUGAUAUGUUUACUUUUCCAGUCGUGCUCUUAACUUUUCAGGGAGCAGAGAAGGCAGGCAGAUUCAUGGAGGGGUGAUUAAUUUGGGGCUAGGUGAUCAUUAUGUGCAAAACUCGCGGAUUCGUUGCUAUGGAGCUUGUGGGGAUUUUUCUAGUGCAGGUAGGGUGUUUGAUGAAAUGUUUGUUCGAGAUGUUGUGUCCUGGACUAUCAUGAUCGCUGGAUUGGGGCAGAGUAACCAUCCAAAAGAGUCCUUGGAACUGUUUUCCAAGAUACUAACCUUGGGUAUUAGCCCUGAUGGAAUUAUUGUAACUACUGUUCUCUCUGCUUGUGCCAGCCUAGGAACUCUUGGCUUCGGCACACGGGUCCAUGAGUACAUAGAUCAAAGAGGAAUCAAAUGGGAUAUCCAUAUUGGAACUGCUAUUGUUGACAUGUAUGCCAAAUGUGGGUGCAUCGAAAUGGCACUGCAAAUCUUUAACAAUAUGCCUCAAAGAAAUACCUUCACUUGGAAUGCCCUGCUAUGCGGUCUGGCAUUGCAUGGAAUUGUGCAGGAAGCAUUGAAGUUUUUUGACGUAAUGAUAAUAUCUGAUGUCAAACCUAAGGAGUAUUAAGUGUUGGAAAUGUUGAGCUCUCUCAUAACAUACAAGAUUACAUCUUGGAACUUGAUCCAGAGGAUACUGGUGUGUUGGUUCUGCUGUCCAAUAUAUCUGCUAGUAAUGGAAGAUGGUCCAAUGUGAAUCGAUUAAGGAGACUAGUGAAGCGUAGAGGUGUGAAAAAAGCAGCUGGAUCAAGUGUCAUUGAGGUGGAUGGUAAGGCUCACGAGUUAAUGGUGGGGAUAUUAGCCACCUCCAAACUGUUAAACCUCAUCAACUCUGUCUACCAUGAUCGAACAAAAUACCAAAUUAAUCAGGCGACUUUCAAUGACAUAUCAGAAAGCAACCAGUAGUUCAGUAGAUGAAGUGAGGUCUUGCAGCAAGGUAAGUGAUUAAUGGAGUUGCUCUCCCCAAUACUUUUGUAAUCCACGGUUAGCAAAUAUUGUCCGUUUUGGCUCCGUUACGUAUCGU